UUUAUUCUGAUACUAUACUUCAACCUCCCCUAUUACUUUUCCAACAUCUACUAAUGAUGUUACUUAGUUGUCUGUACUAUGCAAAAAGAAUUACAAGUAAACAAACAAACAGAACAAUAAUAUUUAUUUUACAACGCAGCACACAGGAGAAUUACAAAAGAGUCCUAUAAAGGGGAAAAACUACCAACUUCCGGGUUAACUUGCCGCCAUUUCAUUUUAAUCAUUCAUCAUUUUAUUGAUCUUUUAACAACAAAAUCUCCAGAUGUUUACAAAGCUAAGUGGCUUCGGGUUUGGUGAUUCAUCAAAUUUUGGAAAUACCACAGCUUUUGCCCAGAAUUUUGGUACAGCAACUGCUUUUAAUACACAAAAUACAUCAAGUAGCUUGUUUGGCUCACCUGCAACCACAACAUCUGGAGGAUUGUUUGGACAACCUGCAACGUUUGGUCAGCAAAGCACUGGCUUUUCAUUUAGCAAUACACCCAGUACAUCUGGAGGUUUGUUUGGACCGCAGCCAGCUAGUAGUUUGUUUUCUCAACCAGCUAGCAAUGCAUUCAGUACUAAGACACCAAUUUCAUCUUUUGCCUUUGGAACAAAUACACCAAAUACAAAUCUCUUUAACAGAAACCAAACAUCUGCCACCAUAUUUGGUCAAUCCAGCAACAUGUUUGGAAGCUCCACGGCUACUGGUACAAGCACCAAAUUUCAACCACCAGUUGGUCAGGAUACAAUGGUUAAAGGCGGGAUAACAAAUAAUAUUAACACACGCCAUCAGUGUAUAUCUGCUAUGAAGGAGUAUGAAGACAAAUGUUUAGAGGAACUCAGAUUAGAAGAUUAUCAGGCUGGUCGUAAAGGAAAACAACAACAACAAUCACUUGCUCAGCCUCAACCUCAACAACCAACAAGUUCAAAUUUAUUUGGUACCUCAACUAGUCAGGCAACAACUGGAUUUGGCUUUGGUCAGAAUAAGACAGCUACAACCACUGGUUUUGGAAAUGCUAGGGGCAACACAAGUCUGUUUAAUCAAAACCGUGCACCACUGACCAGUACAGGACUGUUUGGUCAACAAACCAAACCACUGUUUGCAAAUCCAACUGAUAGCUUGAAUACAGGUUUUAGCUUUAAUCUGAAUCAGAAUACUGGCAGUUCUUUGUUUGGCCAAAACCAGCAACAAAACAAGAGUUUGUUUAGUAAUACAUCUCAGCAGUCAAAUCUGUUUAGUACAACUACAAAUACACCUACAUUUGGAACUGGAACAACUGGUUUUGCAACAAACCAAACAAGUGGAGGCCUAUUCGGAAACAAGCAAAUACCAUUCAGUACACCAAGUACCAAUACUGGCUUCCAGUUACAGAAUACUGGCACUAACCCUUUCAAUAAACCAGCUACAAUAACUCCUUUUCCAUUUGGGACAAAUAGCACCACUGGUGUAUUUGGUAAUACUAAUUUUGGAUUUGGAGGCUCAGGAUUUGGUACAUCUGCAGGAGCAAGUAUCUUUAAUAACAAACCAUUUGGUACAAAUAAUGCAUUAAACCAAAGUACUAAUUUCAAUUUUCCAAAUACUGGCGCCAUUCCACUUGGAAAUCAACCUAAGCCUUUUGGACUUACCCUUGGUGCUAGUUCAACUGGACUAGGUUCUACCUUUAAUAAUACAGGAUCAGGAUUUAAUCCUGGAGGUAAUACAUCUACUCUAGGAAGCCAUGCUUUGUCCCUUUCUGGAUCAACAUCAGAACAAGGAAAUUUGCAGCAACAUUUAAAGCUUCUAACUCAUAACCCUUAUGGAGAUUCAUCUUUAUUCAUGAAUUUGAAUGACAGUAAAAUCAAAACUGAAGAUGUUCUUAAGCCUACUAAUCCAACUGCACAGAAAGCUGUAUUGUCUAGUCACUAUAAAGUAGGAACUCGUCCACUGGCCAGAGCUAAACCAAAAUCGCUAUUACCCUUGAUUUCAAAGAAAAAAAUGCAAAUAUUUGAUGGUUUGGAUGAGGAAGAUGAAUUUGGGUUCAAUGGAGAAGAUUUUUCAUUAAAACGAAAUAUCAAAAAACUCGUUGUCAAAAAUUUAUCUACUUCAGCAAAGACAAGUUUUAACAGUAAUAUAAAGACAAACAGUUGGCUUUCCAGUAACACUGUGUCUUUCAAUUCCAGUGAAAAGGUGAUAAUAAACUCUAAUGGUAAGGAUGAAGAAAACAAUACAUCUGAUGGCACGCAGAUUAGCUCUUGUACUGAACUGAAUGAAAAGGAGAAUGAGUCGGUUGAUUCUAACCAAAACAGCACUCAGGAUAAUUUUAACAAUAACGAAACAGAAUAUGAGUAUUCCAAUGUUCCUCCACAUCCUGCCAAUAUUGUUUUAACGCGACCUGGUUAUUACACUGUGCCUAGUUGGCAAGAAUUGACUGAUAUCACUGAUGAAAAUGGCGAUUGCAUUGUGGAAGAUUUCACAAUUGGAAGAGAAGGGUAUGGAAGUGUGUUUUUUCCUGGCCCUACAAAUAUUGCUGGAAUGAAUUUUGAUGAAAUUGUUCAUUUCCGUAAAAAAGAAGUAACAGUUUAUCCUGAUGACAUAAUGAAGCCUGAGAUUGGGCAAGGGUUGAAUAAAAGAGCUGAAAUAACUUUGGAUUGUGUAUGGCCUCUGGAUAAAACAACCAAAACAAUCAUCUCAAGUCCAGACAGACUAAAAAUUAUGAAUUAUGAAACACGGCUUGAAAAUGCUACAAUAAAUCUUGGUGGUCAAUUUUUGGAUUAUCGACCUGAAACUGGAUCAUGGGUUUUUGAGGUGAAGCAUUUUUCCAAAUAUGGUCUCAAAGAUGAUGAUUCUGAAGAUGAUCAACCACGUGAUGUUACAAAAGCCAUGAAAGAACUUCACCAAAGAAAUUUAGCAGUUCAGAAGCAAAGACUACCACCCAACAGUGCAGCUAAUGGUGAUACCAACCUGAAUGUAACUCAGGUUUUCAUAAAGAGAGAUAUGUUAGAAAUUAAUGAUACAGAUUCUGCUAUGCAGUCGACUUCUCAACUACCAGUUAAUGGGCUUAUUACAGAAGAUGAUGCUGAAAUGUCUGAUUUAAUUGGAUUUGAUUAUUCUCAAAAAUCUUUUGAAGUGGAACCAAUGGAAAACGCUGAACCAGCUGAAACAUUCUCACAAAAUCUUGUACUUGAAAUGGGAGUUAAUAGUAAUAACAUGCAAAUGAUGAAGGCAUCUUUCUUUGGAGAUGCUGAAAGUGAAAAUGUUAAUGAAACUCUUGACCUUCGAAAAAAGUCUGUAAUCACACCUAUCAUCACUUCAGAGAAAGGUUCAACUCUUAAACCGCACUUAAAAAGGAAGGAUUAUAUAAAGUUGCAAAAACACACACAAAGUACUAAAAUAUCUGAUAUUUCAAGACCUAAGAUGGAUGUAAUUGAAGUUACUAAGUUAUUACCUAAAAGCAGUCAAUAUUCAGCCGUGGGAAUGAAUUUCAGAAAAUGUACUCUUUGUGCAAGCAGUUCUGUUUUACAAGAAACAAAAUCAUCAAUAGAAAUUACUUCAUUGAGGAACUACUCCUUUCGAGUUGGUUGGGGACCUAAUUGGAGUUUUGUGCAUGUUGGUCCACCUAUUAGUGAAGUAAAAGCAGCUACUCCAGGGAAUAAUUUUUCCAUUUUGUCAGCCAUGGGAAAAACAGUAUCUAAAAAUUGUAUCGUGUCAAUAGAGAAAGUUAAUGUGUCCAGUUAUCUGACAAAUAAUGAUCAAUCUGUGAAGUCUCAACAGAAAUGGAUGUUAGAAAAUCAGCUGAGCCAUUCUGUAUCCAGUAAAGAAUAUAUAAAUCCACAUUUUGCUCCAGAAUACGGGAUAAAUGCUUUAUGUAAAUAUGCUGAAUGUGCUGCUCAAGAUGACAAAAAUAUGGCUUCUCACCCAGACUAUCAGCAAAUACAUCAUAUGAAGAUUUGUUGGGAUCUCUGUGUUGCACUUUGGGGAAAACCUUUAGAACUUGAUAGAGUCACAGAUAUCGACACAGAUUAUGAAUAUCACCAAGCCAGAAAAGAAGCAUUUUCUCGAUGGUUGGCUGAAACUGAAGCAGAAACAAUUGCUAACGAAAUAGAAAAGAAUUCUACUAAAGAGAAUGGCAACCUAUUAAGUAUUACAAGUCACCUGAGUGGGCGUCAAAUACAGGAAGCUUGCAUGUUGGCAAUAAAAAAUGAAGACAAAUACUUAGCUUUGUUGCUUGCACAAGCUAGUGGUUUUAGUAAAACAUAUAAACAUUUUAUGCAGUUACAACUACAAAAUUACAAUAAGCGGGCUGGUGCACAUAUAUCUAAAGAGAGGUUGAAAAUCCUUGGGUUGCUCGCUGGAGAGAUGAUUUUUGAAACUUGUGGUCAGCAAAUCAAUGUGUGUGAAAAUAUGAACUGGAAAAGAGCACUUGGAUUACACUUUUGGUAUGCAUGCAGUCCAACAUCUGUAAUAUUUGAAGCUCUGAAAAGAUAUGAUGCAGCUCAAAUGGGAGAUAGUCAAUGUGGCAAAUAUGCUAGGUCACCAGUUCCAUCUUACUUAGAGAACGAUGAUACUGACUGUGACUCAGUGAAAAUAUACGAUACAUGUUAUCAUUUAUUACAACUUUAUGUAAAUAAAGCUUAUCUUCUUGAACGGACCUUAUCACCAGCAUCAACAACAGUCAACCAUCUUGAUUAUAGAUUAAGUUGGCAUCUAUAUCAAGUAUUACAGAGUCUUGAAUAUAAUCAUUUAUCCGAAUACCAGAAAGAAUGCAUAAAUCAUAGCUUUGCAGCCCAACUUGAAUCACUUGGUCUUUGGGAGUGGGCAAUUUUUGUUUUGGCACAUAUAAACGAUGAAAAGAGGAGAAAAGCUGCCGUCAUGGAAACACUUAUGCGGCAUAUAUCUUUAUGUCAUGAUACUGAAUAUUUAGAAAGAGAAGCCUUUAUUAUAGAGAGAUUUUUCAUUCCAAGAGAAUGGGUUCAUUAUGCAAAGGCAAUCAAAGCUCAAUAUUAUAAUAAGUACACCGAAAUGGCAUGGCAUUUCAUAAAAGCUGAACGAUAUAACAAAGCUCAUGAAGCAAUUUUGAAACAUAUUGCUCCUUAUGCUGUAAUUAAUGAUGACUACCACCAUUUGAAGAAUCUGUUAGAGCUUCUUUCACCACCUGAGCAAAGUUGCAAGAUUGAAAAUUGGUCCACAGAAGGUUCUGUGUACUUAAGCUAUAUAAAUUUACAUGAAGCAUUGGCUAAAUUUAAAAAAAAAGAUGUUGAUUUAUCACAACUGGAAAUGAUGUCAACUGCUCUCCUCAGUUUUUUCCCAAAAAUACGUAAUUUGCCUUGUCGUGAUGCAAAAGAUAGAUUGUGUAUCUCAGAGAUGUCCAAAAAUACAGCAAAUAUUUUUAGAAUAUUUUCUAUGCUUUUACAUCAGAAUGAUUUUGAUUUUAAAAUUACCAACCGUUUAGCUACCCAAAUUGAGAACUUGGAAAUCCCUGAUGAGAGUAUGGAGCAGGAAACAUGUGAAUUGAUGGCAUUUUGAUGCAGAAAAUUUUGUGUAUCUUAAACUUUCUGAAGUCUCUACAUUAAACUCCAACUGAUUUUAUCUUAGACAUGUGUUAGUAUGUGUCUGUUUUACUAAUGUAAUGUACACAUGUAUAUAAUGGGUGUGUAUGUUUGUGUGCAUGUAUGUGUAAAUUUUAUAACAAUUUUAUCCUUUGUCACUCCCACCAUACGAAAUGCAAUAUUCCUUUUCAAAAGUGGUAAUGUAAAAAGAAAUUAACAUACGCACUCCAUAAAUUAAUCAGUUGCAAAACAAAUUUACUUCUGGACUGUGAUCAUCACAACUAUUGAUUUCUACUAAGGUUAUUGUUUUCAAAAGCUUAUAUUUUUUAUUGUAAUUAAAUUUUAUUGUUGAUUUCAAAAUAAUGGUAAAUGAGCAAAAGAAAACAAUUGGCUUUGGUUGUUUGUAUAAGAACAGUACUUUCAUGGAGAAACUAUCAGGCAACUUAGUGUUUCCAACUAUCUUAAAUAAAUAGUAUUUUGUGAUACAACCACA